AUGCGGGGUUCUCUAAUUUUUCUGCUCUACGCCGCUACCUUGGCGUCUGGCAUGGUCAUCACCCCCAGACACGCUGGCGAGGCUCAUAUUGCUGUCCGCGGCGGUGGUGACGACCAUGGCGACGGUGGUCCUUUGUGGGGCGGUGACCAUGGAGGUCACGGUGAUGGUGGCCACGGCGGCAGUGGUCCCCCAGAAGAGACCACUCCCCGCGAGACUGAGACCCCUCCGCCUUUUGAGACUUCCCCGCCUGUCGAGACCGGCACGCCUACUAUUCCCCCAGGUGUGACGCCCACCUCGACACCUGUUGAGACUCCCCCGCCUAUUGAGACCUCUACCCCGUGUGAGACGGACACGCCUACUAUUCCCCCAGUUGUGGCGCCUACUACUCCCCCGGUUGUGACACCUACCUCGACCCCAUGUGAGACUGAUACCACGACUUUGCCUCCAACUCUGCCUCCCUAUACGACACCGACGUCAACUCCCUGCGAGACUGAUACCCCCACUGCUCCUCCUGCAAGCUCAACUCCCUGCGAGACCGACACUCCUACCUCGCCUCCUCCUGUUAGCACUACGACUGGCCAUACUGAGACUCCCACCACACCUCCUCCCGCUUCUACCACUCCCUGCGAGACCGACACUCCUACCUCGCCUCCUCCCACUUCUACCACUCCCUGCGAGACCGACACUCCUACCACGCCUCCUCCCGCUUCUACCACUCCCUGCGAGACCGACACUCCCACUUCUCCUCCUGCGAGCUCGACUCCCUGCGAGACCGACACUCCGACCUCGUCUCCUCCUGUUAGCACUACGACUGGCCAUACUGAGACUCCUACCUCGCCUCCUCCCGCUUCUACCACUCCCUGCGAGACCGACACUCCCACUUCUCCUCCUGCGAGCUCGACUCCCUGCGAGACCGACACUCCGACCUCGUCUCCUCCUGUUAGCACUACGACUGGCCAUACCGAGACUCCCACCACGCCUCCUCCCGCUUCUACCACUCCCUGUGAGACCGAGACCCCCACUGGCACUCCUCCGGUUAUCGUAACCACCACCUACACCACGACUACCUGCCCAAUAACCUGGAGCACCGUCACAAGCGGCACGUCAACCUACACCCACCCCGUGACCCAGACCAGCACGAUCACUGUGACGUCUGUUUCUACCUGCACUGAGGGUUGCACUCAGCCCACAGCCCCUCCCACCAAGCAUACGACUCCCCCUGUUGUUUCCACAACUUCUGUCGUAGUGCCUCCUCCAGCUACUGAGACUACUGUUCCAGCCACUAAGCCCAGCGCCCCGACUACUGAGUCCACUAUCCCGGCUACGCAGCCUAGUGUUCCAGCUACUGAGACCACUGCUCCAGCUACUCAACCUGGUGUUCCAGCUACUGAGCCUACUGCCCCGGCACAGUCGAGCCCUGUUACUUCUUCCACCUCCGCUCCCCCUGCUUCCUCCUCGCCUGCUUUUAACAGUUCUCCAGCUCUCCAGAAGUCGGCUGCAAUUUUCAUCCCUGGCUUAGUUCUACUGUUUGCUCUGCUCUAA